GUGAUCACUUACUCCAGUCGUCAUGUUUACAAUAACUUGACUGAGGAACAGAAGGGCCGAGUGGCCUUUGCUUCCAAUUUCCUGGCAGGAGAUGCUUCCCUGCAGAUUGAGCCUCUGAAGCCCAGCGAUGAGGGCCGGUACACCUGCAAGGUGAAGAAUUCAGGGCGCUAUGUGUGGAGCCACGUCAUCUUAAAAGUCUUAGUGAGACCAUCAAAGCCCAAGUGUGAAUUGGAAGGAGAGCUGACAGAAGGAAGUGACCUGACUUUACAGUGUGAGUCAUCCUCUGGCACAAAGCCCAUUGUGUAUUACUGGCAGCGAAUCCGGGAGAAGGAGGGAGAGGAUGAACGUUUGCCUCCCAAAUCUAGGAUUGACUACAACCACCCUGGACGCGUCCUGCUGCAGAAUCUCACCAUGUCCUCCUCUGGGCUCUACCAGUGCACAGCGGGCAAUGAGGCCGGGAAGGAGAGCUGUGUGGUGCGAGUGACUGUUCAGUAUGUACAAAGCAUCGGCAUGAUUGCAGGAGCGGUGACAGGUAUGGUGGCUGGAGCCCUGCUGAUUUUCCUCUUGGUGUGGCUGCUAAUCCGACGGAAAGACAAAGAGAGAUACGAGGAGGAAGAGAGACCGAAUGAAAUCCGAGAAGAUGCCGAAGCCCCGAAAGCCCGCCUCGUGAAACCCAGCUCCUCCUCCUCGGGCUCUCGGAGCUCACGCUCGGGCUCCUCCUCCACGCGCUCCACGGCAAACAGCGGCUCCCGCAGCCAGCGGACACCAUCCUCGGAAGCGGCGCCCCGGCCAGGGCUGGCUACCCACACCUAUGGUCCCGUGGGGCCAGAGGCAAGGGGGUCUGAACCAAAGAAAGUCCACCACGCUAUCCUGACCAAAGCAGAGAGCACUCCUGGCACGAUCCCCAGGCAGAGCAGAGCCUUCCAAACUGUCUGAGUUCGAGCGGACUUGACUCCCAUCCUUUCCCAGGAGUCAGGACUCUUCUCGUCAUUGACGCCCAGUCACCAGCCACACAACCGCCUCGGACCAAACGAGAGGUCAUUUAAGUAGCAGUGACCAUUGCAUGGAAGAGAUUCAAAUGAACACUUUCCUCAUAUGACACCAAACAAGGAAAAGGAUGUAAGCUGAUGGUCUCCAAAAAGGCAUCUCACUGUGCCUUUAGACCAGAGCGGGGGCCAAAUCUGUGCAUUUGGGGACCAGGACCUGUGGUGAGAAAGGCUGGGGAGAGGGGAAGUGAACACACUUAGAAUUCCUCACUUGGGUUGUUUUGUGUCAACACUUUGACUCACCACUGUUAAGAAAUGAGGUGUUGUUCAUAAAUUUUCUAUGCAUUUCUGCAAACCUACUGGAUUGCUAUGAUUAUUCAGAGUCAAGCAGAACCCACAGCCUUAUAUCACACCUAUCUGCACCAUGAAAAACUCCAAAAAAGGAAACAUGUCUCUUCCAUCCUGACCUGACUUUAUUUACCAGAAAGUUUGGAUAUUAAUGUCAAGAGGAGUUGAGAAAUAGUGGGAGAUGCAGAAUGACUGAGAUUUUCCCACUCUGUUCACUACUAAUCUUCCUACUUAGAUUGAACUAAAAAAAAGGGAGU